AUGGGAAGUUCAUGUUUACCUCCAGGUUUCCGGUUUCAUCCUACUGAUGAAGAACUCAUCGACUAUUACUUGAAAAGGAAAGUCGAAGGUCUCGAGAUCGAGCUUGAAGUCAUUCCUGUUAUCGAUCUUUAUAGUUUUGAUCCUUGGGAAUUACCAGACAAGUCUUUUCUUCCAAAUCGUGACAUGGAGUGGUUCUUCUUCUGUUCAAGAGACAAAAAGUAUCCUAAUGGCUUUCGUACCAACCGAGGAACAAAGGCCGGUUAUUGGAAAGCAACCGGAAAAGACCGGAAAAUUACAUGUCGCUCAUCUACUACAAUUGGCUAUAGGAAAACCCUAGUUUUCUAUAAAGGCCGUGCCCCGUUAGGUGAUAGAACCAGUUGGAUCAUGCAUGAAUAUCGACUCUGCGAUGAUGAUUCAUCACAAGGAUUACAAAACUUCAAGGGAGCUUUUGUGUUAUGUCGUGUGGCUAAGAAGAAUGAGAUAAAAACCAAUUCCAAAAUCCGGAAAAACCUAAGUGAACAAACAUUUGGAUCAGGAGAAAGUUCGAAUUAUUCGAGUCGUGUGACUUCUCCUAACCGAGACGAAAUUAUGCCAUUUGUCAAUCCGGUUGCUACUGAAACCAACUCUUCCAACAUUUGGAUUUCACCGGAUUUCAUUCUUGAUUCUUCAAAAGAUUAUCCUCAAAUCCAAGAUGUUGCUUCUAAGUACUUUCAAGACUUUGAUUUUCCGAUCAUGGAAAACCAAAACAUGGAUUUUCCGUCGGGUACCAACAUGGAUGAGUUUAUGCAAACCGACUAUUGGACAAAUUCUGGAUACGACCAAACCGGUUUAUUCGGUUACUCAGAUUUCUCCUAG